AUGUCACAACCGAAACGCAUUCAUCGCAUUUGCAAAGGCUUGGCCCGCUUCACCAUAAGAGCUACCUUGUAUGGAUCCUGGGUCCUAGGACUAUUUCCCUUCACCUUCGACUCAAGGAAAAGGCGCCUGAAUCGUUCCAAGUGGCUUUUGGCAUAUGGCUUGGUGCUGAACCUUACUCUGCUGGUUUUAUCCAUGCUGCCGUCGACAGAUGAUCACAAUUCCGUUAAGGUGGAGGUAUUUCAGCGUAAUCCAUUGGUUAAGCAGGUGGAGGAGCUCGUAGAGGUUAUCAGUUUGAUAACCACACUGGUGACCCAUUUGCGAACCUUUUCUAGGAGUAGCGAACUAGUCGAGAUUCUCAACGAGCUACUGGUGCUGGAUAAGAAUCACUUCAGUAAGCUCAUGCUAUCGGAGUGCCACACAUUCAAUAGGUAUGUGAUCGAAAAAGGUCUUGUGAUAAUCCUGGAAAUCGGAUCCUCUUUGGUGUUAUACUUUGGAAUACCGAAUAGCAAGAUUGUUGUCUAUGAGGCAGUCUGUAUCUACAUUGUGCAGCUGGAAGUGCUAAUGGUGGUCAUGCAUUUUCACCUGGCUGUAAUCUACAUAUACCGGUAUUUGUGGAUAAUCAAUGGCCAACUCCUGGACAUGGCCAGUCGUCUGAGAAGGGGAGAUAGCGUAGAUCCUGACCGAAUCCAAUUGCUGCUGUGGCUAUAUUCCCGCCUUUUGGACUUGAACCACCGCCUGACCGCCAUUUACGACAUCCAGGUUACACUUUUCAUGGCCACCUUGUUUUCGGUCAACAUUAUUGUGGGCCAUGUGCUGGUCAUUUGCUGGAUCAACAUUACGCGAUUUUCCCUGCUGGUUAUAUUCCUGCUCUUUCCCCAAGCUUUGAUUAUAAACUUUUGGGACCUUUGGCAGGGAAUCGCAUUCUGCGAUUUAGCUGAGAGUACUGGCAAAAAAACCUCCAUGAUCCUAAAGUUAUUCAAUGAUAUGGAGAACAUGGACCAGGAAACGGAGCGCAGAGUAACAGAAUUCACCCUCUUCUGCAGUCAUCGCAGGCUUAAAGUUUGCCAUCUGGGAUUGCUCGAUAUAAACUAUGAGAUGGGCUUCCGCAUGAUAAUCACCAAUAUUUUAUAUGUAGUUUUCUUAGUGCAAUUCGAUUAUAUGAAUUUAAAAUUUAAAACAGAUUAA